GUCUUCUCUGACAACAAUUCAAAUGUAACACGUUUUAUGACAAUUCUGACCCUGGAAUCGUUGGACAUAUCACCAUCCAAUGCUUUUGCCAUAUUAAUUCUUGGCAUAUUCACAUACUUUUUAAUUUUGUUUUUUCACUCCAUGUUACUUGUGACUAUUAUUAUAAAAAGGGAUUUGCACAAGCCAAUGUACAUACUGCUGAUUAAUUUGUCUAUAUGUGACAUAACCGCAUCUACAGCUUUUUACCCUCAACUGGCUACUAGUAUAUUGUUUCAGACUAGAGAAAUCUCCUAUCCUGCCUGUGUCUUGCAAGGCAUUCUCUUUCAUGUCUGUGGAAGUGGAUCACUCUUAUUUCUCAGUGUAAUGGCUUAUGAUCGAUAUAUUGCCAUUUGCAAGCCUUUGAGAUACCACAGUCUGAUGACACAAGGUACCUUGAUCAAACUUAUUUUCUUGGCCUGGUUGAUAAGUUUUUUAAUUAUUGGGAUUUUAUUUAUACUCACAAUGAGCAAAAAAAUAUGCAGGACCAAUAUAGUUGACAUGUACUGUUAUAAUCCAUCUUUACUGAAACUAAGCUGUGACGAUACUAGAGUGGUUAACUACUAUGGUUUGUUUACUAUAGCACUUGUACAAGGCUCUUCCAUACUGAUUGUGUCAUUAACAUAUAUCAAAAUCCUCAUUACCUGUAUUUCUACAAAACAGACACAAUCUAUAAGUAAGGCAAUGCAAACCUGUGGGACACAUUUAGUUGUUUUUCUAAGUUUUGAGCUUAACUCAUUCUUACUACUGAUGUCUCACAGGUUAGAAUCAGUAUCUCCACACUUAAGAAGAGCCUGUGCUGUUUCAGUUGUUACCUUUUCUCCAAUUCUUAACCCAUUAAUUUAUGGGUUAAAAACAAGAGAAAUUCGACAACCAAUUUUUAAGUUCUUACAAAAAAAGAUUUCUUCUACCUAA